AUGCCUUACUCCCUCAAAGGAAGAAACGUCUUGGUCACUGCAGGCUCCAGAGGCCUCGGGGCCGUCAUCUGCAGGAAGUUCGCCGAAGAGGGGGCCAAUGUUGCCAUCAACUACUUCUCCAAUGCAGACGCUGCCCAGGAAGUGGCUGAUUCACUACAGCCGUACUCUGUCAAGACAUUCAUUGUCCAGGGUGACGCUGAGAAGAGGGAAGAUAAUAUCCGUAUCGUCCAGGAGACCGUCAAGAAUCUCGGCGGACUUGAUAUCCUCGUUGCGAAUGCCGGAUGGACCAAGAUGUCUGCAUUUGCCGAUUUGCACGCGUUGACGGACGAGGAGUGGAACAAGUGCUGGGCAGUCAAUGUCAUGUCUCAUCUGCAGCUCAUACAAGAAGCAGCGCCCAUCUUCAAUGCGAAUCCCGACGGGGGCGUGUACCUGAUUACCUCUUCUAUUGCUGGGACCUCACAGAGCGGCAGCAGCAUGGCGUACUCUGUAACAAAGGCCGCUGGGCUUCAGCUCAUGAAGAAUCUGGCCUACACACAAGGCCCCAAGAUACGAGUCAACGCUGUCCUUCCUGGCCUGUUGUUGACCGAAUGGGGGCGACUGUUUCCCGAAGAAGUCAUCGAAGGAUACAAAAGGAUAUCUACACUUCGAGACGUGGUUGCAUUGGAUGACUGUGCCGAUGCCUUUGUCUCGUUGGCCAAGAACUCUGCCAUGACUGGCCAGCAGAUUGUCGUCGUGGAUCAAUCACUUGCAGUUAUACCCAAGAUUGCAUACAUGUACCCGAACCGUUCACACAAUCCUUCAGGCUCCCGCCACCUGCCCUCCACAAUCCCGCAGUAUCAUUCGUGA